AUGAACGAGGUCUCAAGGCGCUAUACUGAAGUUAAGAUGGAGCGCAACAAAUGUGUCAGUCUGUUGCAAGUAGCCAUCCGGGUCUCCACCGACACCCGAGAGCGAUUGCGUCAACAGGCCAAUGAGUCAGAAAUCCUGCUGACUCUGGCCCAAAAGCGGGAGAACGAUCUGCUGAACAUGCGCAAGGCCAUUAUGAACUUGAUUUGCCAGCGGGAUCACAAACGCCACGAGUACUGCAAAAUGGCCGCGGUGACAGCCAUGCAGGAUGCCAAACGGGAGCAGAUGCGUCAGGCCAUAGCUCGCCUGAAUCUGAUGUUCAACCAGGCGGAGUCUAGCAUCAUUGCCAUGAAGAAGGCCUGCGAGCGGAACGCUCGCAUUAGAAAUGAGCGGGCUAUCCUGCUCAUCGAACGCAAUCAGGAGGUCUACCUUUUGCAGGUGCGUAAGCCUUUUUUUACCGAAACAUGGAACUGUCUAUGUGCAGUUUCAACCAUUCACUGUGCUGAAGGAUUACACGGCACUCGUCGAUGCACUCGUCCGUCACUCGUCACCCGAUUGAUGAGGCUUCCAGUGCCUGAAGCUUGUUGUGCAUGCAAAGGUGGUACAAACACUAUUUUGGUGGUGCUAGCUUCAGUCUUAAAAUAUAUGGUCGGUAUUCGACUGCAUAUUGUGCCGCCGACUAGCAGUCCAGGGUCCCAAUUUUGA